AUGAGCUAUAUCCAAGCACCUACCUCCCCCAAACGCUGCACCCGACACAUGCUGGCGUGGCCGCAUGGAAGUGCGACCGUCAGUGAGUGCGACGCGAAACUCGGUACAGCACCGGCGGCAGCGAGGGGGCUGACAGCCAGAAACGCUGGAGAGAGAGGAGCGGCAAGCCGAGCCGCCAGCGGAGACGAGAAGCGGCGGAGACAAGAAGGGGGCUCAUUCCCUCCCCCCCCCAAGACCCGAGACCCGAGAAAAGAGCGGCAAGUACGGAGACCCAUGUAA